AUGGCCAGUUCCUCGGACAGUGAAGAUGACGGUUUCAUGGCCGUGGAUCCAGAAGACGCUGCGGUUGAAGGGACAAUGGAGCAAGACGAUGAGCCACACGCUGAGCUGGAGGUCGAGGAGACCAGGCAUAACAGAUCAAUGUUGGAGCUCCCAGAAGAGGUUUUGGAAUAUAUCCUCUCCUUCCUUUCGCCCUAUCAGGAGCACAAAACUGCUGCCCUUGUCUGCAAACAGUGGUAUCGACUAAUCAAAGGUGUGGCCCAUCAGUGUUAUCACGGCUUUAUCAAAGCGGUGCAAGAAGGAAAUAUUCAGUGGGAGAGUCGCACUUACCCCUACCCCGGCACCCCCAUCACGCAGCGCUUCUCGCACAGUGCGUGUUACUAUGACGCGAACCAGUCGAUGUACGUGUUCGGUGGCUGCACGCAGAGCAGUUGUAACGCCGCCUUCAACGACCUCUGGAGGCUUGACCUGAACAGCAAGGAGUGGAUCCGGCCCCUGGCAUCAGGUUCGUACCCCUCGCCCAAGGCUGGGGCCACGCUGGUGGUCUACAAGGACUUGCUUGUGCUUUUCGGUGGGUGGACGCGGCCGAGCCCUUACCCUCUGCACCAGCCAGAGAGGUUCUUUGAUGAAAUCCAUACGUACUCGCCCUCCAAAAACUGGUGGAACUGCAUCGUGACCACCCACGGCCCCCCUCCCAUGGCGGGACAUUCCUCCUGUGUCAUCAAAGACAAAAUGAUCGUCUUCGGGGGUUCGCUAGGAUCUCGGCAAAUGAGCAAUGACGUCUGGGUGCUGGAUCUCGAGCAGUGGGCUUGGUCCAAGCCCAACAUCUCUGGGCCCAGCCCUCACCCGCGAGGUGGCCAGUCUCAGAUCGUAAUAGACAACGAAACCAUUUUAAUCCUCGGUGGCUGUGGUGGUCCCAAUGCACUGUUCAAAGACGCCUGGUUACUGCACAUGCACGCAAACCCCUGGACGUGGCAGCCGCUCAAGGUGGAGAACGAAGACCACGGAGCCCCGGAGCUGUGGUGCCAUCCUGCCUGCAGGGUGGGACAGUGCGUGGUGGUCUUCAGCCAAGCUCCCAGCGGCAGAGCCCCGCUGAGCCCCAGCUUGAACUCCCGCCCCUCUCCCAUCAGCGCCACGCCGCCCGCCCUGGUCCCCGAAACGCGGGAAUACCGCUCCCAGUCUCCCGUCAGGAACACGGACGAAGCUCCCUGCGUCAACGGCCGCUGGGGCACCUUGCGCCCCCGAGUGCAGCGGCAAACCCCCUCGGGAUCCCGGGAAGGCAGCCUCUCCCCGGCCAGAGGGGACAGUUCCCCUGUGCUUAACGGGGGCAGUUUGUCUCCUGGAGCCACGGCGGACAGCCCCGUGCAGGUCGUGGCGCCCAGCACCCCCUCCGCCGCCGAGGGCUACGACCUCAAAGUGGGGCUCGCCCUGGCGCCGCGCCGGGGCUCGCUGCCCGAGCAGAAAGACCUGCGCUUGGGCUCCGUCGAGCUGAGCUGGGAGCAGAAACCGGCCGCCCUCCUCUGCCAGGCGGACGGGGCGGAGGGCAGGACGGUGGGCGCCAACGCCAGGCACCCCCCGGCGCAAACCAACGGCAUCCACGCGCCUCCCAUCGCCCGCCGCCUGGGCCACCACCCUCCCCAGUCCCUCAACGUGGGGAAGCCUUUAUACCAGAGCAUGAACUGCAAGCCCAUGCAGAUGUACGUGCUGGACAUUAAAGACACCAAGGAGAAAGGACGAGUCAAAUGGAAAGUGUUCAACAGCAGUUCGGUGGUGGGGCCGCCCGAAACCAGUUUACACACGGUGGUGCAAGGCAGAGGGGAGUUAAUCAUAUUCGGGGGCCUCAUGGACAAGAAACAAAACGUGAAAUAUUACCCCAAAACAAAUGCCUUGUACUUUGUGCGAGCAAAAAGAUAA